GUACAUGCUCAGGGAAACCGAAACCACUAUCUCCACAAGGCAGUUAAUGAGGAGAAACUGAAGCGGCCGCUCUCACACAUGCAGGCGUGGGAGAUCGCCCAUACGCGGAAGGACCCCAAGCCUGGCGAGCCCAAGUACUACGGCAAGAAGACCGCAGAGAGGAAGAAGGCCUACUCCGAAGCGUAUCUGGAGUUACAUCCUGACACACCUGACCCUAUUGCGGCGCCUCUGGACGACAUGGCGGUGGUGAGGAUGGGGCCCAAGGAGCACGGUCGGGAGGCGGUUCUCGAUGCUGUGAUCACUCCUAGUAUCUCCUACACACAGCUUCGUCGGAUCGACCCGAGCCUGAGCCAGCGCACGAGCCAGCCAGUGACCAGUACACAGUACCUCUUUCAGGAGCAACAAUCUGCCUACAUGGAGUACACACGCCAGGAGACCAUGGCGUGGCAUCAGAGGCUUUAUGAACACCAAGUGCAGAGGGAUAGCCAGAUGCAGCAGGCUUUUCAGGAUAUGGCGGCCGGCAGGUGUCCUCAGUUCCCUCCAGCACAAUGCCCUCCAGCACAACCAGUGCUGAUGAGCUUUGAGGAGUUUGUGGCACAGAACGCUGGCCCCUCGCCGAUGGGCAUUGGAGGGAUGCAUGCCCUCGAAGAUGACCGCGUCCCUGUGCUUCCAGAUAGCCCAAGCAGUGAUGAUCAUUAG